AUGCAUAGAACAUUGGCUUUCGUCUUAUUUGUUGCAUUAUUCGCAAUUGUUAUCGCUUAUCCGGCAUCAGAAAUCGAAGAUAAUAAUCAAGCUUUAUAUGCUAUAAAUGCUGAUGCAGUUGAUCAUGAUUCAGUACCACGUCAAACACGUCAAUUUGGAUUUGGUGGAUAUGGUGGUUAUGGUGGAUUUGGUGGAUUCGGUGGUGGAUUUAGACCAUUCGGUGGAUAUGGCGGAUUCGGUGGUUUCGGAUUCCGCAGAUUUGGAUAUGGUGGAUUUGGUGGUGGAUUUUAUGGUUGA